GGGGUGGGGAGCGGGGGUCCUGGCAAGCCAGGAGGAGAAGCCCGGGGCGGGCUAGCGGUCCCGCUCGCCGUGGAAAUUUCCAAGGACUUGGCGCGUCUAGGGGGCGGCGUGGGGCGGGCGGGGGGGUGCCUGGCGGCGCAGCAGCGCGGGAGGCGGGGAGAGGCGGCGAAGGGCGCAGGAGCAUCGCUCGGAAGGGGACGCCGCGGGCCAGAUGUCUGGGAGGGAGCCGAGCCUCUCCCCGGACCCACGCCGAGGGCGACGGUGAUGCUGCAGAACCGGCGGGAGCAACACCCCGCCGCCGCCCCCUACCCCCUGACCCCGCGCUCUCGGAGACCCUGGCGCCCGCCUUCUGCAGGGAGAAACGACCAUGGCCGUAGCUCGUGACUUGCUCCCCGGCUACUUACCCUAGCAAGACAUCCUUGAAAAAGUUGCAUUGGAAAAAAAUAUCUUUGCGCUGACCUUUGGGGUCCUGGGCGCCCAAGGAGCGGGCGUCCCAGUGCGUGCAAGAAAGCGGAAGGUGUGCGUGAAUGGGGGGCCGGCGGUGGGGGAACCCUCCGCUGCCGCUGCGCCUAGCCUGGUGCUGAGGCUCCGGCCCUCGCCCCCAACCCCCACCCCGGGACCCCGGGGCUGCGAUGAGCCCCUGCGGGCGGGCCCGGCGACACACAUCCAGAGGGGCCAUGGCCGUCCUGGCGUGCAAGUUCCCGCGGACCCGGCUGCCCGUGGGAGCCAGUGCCCUCUGCGUUGUGGUCCUCUGUUGGCUCUAUGUCUUCCCUGUCUAUCGGCUGCCGGACGAGAAGGAGAUCGUGCAGGGAGUCCUGCAACAGGGCACUGCGUGGAGGAGGAACCGGACGGCCGCCGGAAUCUUCAGGAAACAGAUGGAAGACUGCUGCGACCCCGCCCAUCUCUUUGCUAUGACUAAAAUGAAUUCCCCCAUGGGGAAAAGCCUGUGGUACGAUGGGGAGUUUUUAUACUCAUUCACCAUUGACAAUUCAACUUACUCUCUCUUCCCCCAGGCAACCCCAUUCCAGCUGCCCUUGAAGAAAUGCGCGGUGGUGGGAAAUGGUGGGAUUCUGAAGAAGAGUGGCUGUGGCCGUCAAAUAGAUGAAGCAGAUUUUGUCAUGCGAUGCAAUCUUCCUCCUUUGUCAAGUGAAUACACUAAGGAUGUUGGAUCCAAAAGUCAUUUAGUGACAGCUAACCCCAGCAUAAUUCGACAAAGGUUUCAGAACCUGCUGUGGUCCAGAAAGACGUUUGUGGACCACAUGAAGGUCUAUAACCACAGUUACAUCUACAUGCCUGCCUUUUCUAUGAAGACGGGAACAGAGCCAUCCCUCCGGGUUUAUUACACACUGUCAGAUGUUGGUGCCAAUCAGACAGUGCUCUUUGCCAACCCCAACUUUCUGCGUAGCAUUGGGAAGUUCUGGAAAAGUAGGGGGAUUCACGCCAAGCGCCUGUCCACAGGACUCUUUCUGGUGAGCGCAGCCCUGGGCCUCUGUGAAGAGGUGGCCAUCUAUGGCUUCUGGCCCUUCUCUGUGAAUAUGCAUGAACAGCCCAUCAGCCACCACUACUAUGAUAAUGUCCUGCCCUUUUCUGGCUUUCAUGCCAUGCCGGAGGAAUUUCUUCAACUCUGGUAUCUUCAUAAAAUUGGUGCACUGAGAAUGCAGUUAGACCCAUGUGAGGACACCUCACUCCAGCCCACUUCCUAGGGACUGUGGGGGAAAAAAAGGACUGAGCCAGGGUAUUUUUGUUAGGUUUUCUACGUAACUUCAAAAGGAAAUGAUCAGGUCAUUUCAUGGAUUUGCAUGGACAACUUGGAAAAAAAAAUGACAACAGAAACCCAAGGGAAACUCUACUUUGACUAUUGGCUUGGAAGACAAAAAAAGAAGUGAACCAUCCCAUGAAAUAUUUGGCACAUGGUGGAUUUGCAACUAGUAAUAUGCUGAUGAAGUGAUGUUGGUAAAGCACAUUUACAUGAGAAGGUACAGUUCACAAACUAGUCAAAACUAGUAAUUGAAGCUGAGGAAUUAAGGUAGAUUAAGUGAAAUGCCAGAGUAGAAGUGUUAGUGGUUAUCAACCUGAACUGACUUAGUUUAAAAAAAAAAAAGCUAUCUUAAUCAGACUAACAUUAGAACUAUAGGUUUUUAAAAAAUUCUUACUUAAUUUUGCCCUAUUUAAGGGCAGUGAGUAGGUGAUGGGGUACAUUUUUUAAAAAUCCCUUACUGAGUAAUAUGGAUACAAAACACUACAGCUGAUAAUUGUAAUUUGUUGAACCAAGUCUUUGUUAACUAGAGUUCCCCUCCCUUCCAUUUAAAAAAAUUGUUAAAUAAGAAUUACUUCCUCCCCUUUUGUCAAGUUCACUUAGACAAUGUGAAACAUUGUUGAAUUUAGAUUGUGUUGAUUCAUUGUCAGGAGGACGAAUCACUUUCCCUCCUCAGAAUUUAGGGCAUAAACUCAGUUUUAGGUCUGCAUUAUGCAAGCCUAUUUGCAUUAUUAUUGUGUGUGCUCAGUUGUUCAGUUGUGUCCUACUCUCUGUGACCCCAUGGACCAUAGCCUGCCAGAGUUCUCUGUCCAUGGGAUUUGGAGUGGGUUGUCAUUUCCUAUUUCACAGGAUCUUCCUGACCCAGGGACCGAAACCCACAUCUCUUGCUUAUUAUUUUAGUGCAAAAAACUACAAAUACAAGUGCAUUAUUUGUUUGCAAAUUGGCAUAAUUAUCUUCAUAAUUUAAUAUUCGGAGAUGAAGUAAAGCACAAUGACAUCAAGCUUAGUCUCUGGAAGACAGACCGGAAGAUACUCCCUUUUCUUUCUGCCAUGGUAAAUAGGUUCUCUCCAAGAUGAAGCAUAUGCAUGCACAGAUAAAAGCAUGCAUAGACUCAUGUACACUCAUACACACACUCAGACAAAGCUCAUUCCUGUGCAGCUAUGAAAGCGGAACCCAUAUGACCUGGGAUGGCAGAAAUCUGUAACUCGUGUUGGAGAGCUAUGAAUGCAUUACGUGCUACCUACCACACUUUGCUACGAGACAAACCAGCUUACUGGUUGCUGCUCUGAUGCUCAUACCAGCAUGAGAUGUGAGCCUUAGCCCCAAAUCAUUCCAAAUGAACAGAACUGUUUUACUGUAUGUGACUCCCCGCCACCAACAUCUCAUGAGUAAAUCCUGUGUUACAUACGGUCAUCAACACAUGGCUCACAGCAGUACAGGGAUGCGAGUUAGUAGUUGUUGAUGCCCUUAGUAACAGGUAGGACAGCUUAGAAGGCUUGUUACCUCAGCUUUGACACACUGCACACAAACUCUGUGGACAGUUUACGGGCAGCCAGAUGUGUUUACAUACAGAGAAAGGUAAAAGAAACCUCACAUGGUCUUUGUGUUUGGGGAUGUCUUAAUCUAAAAGGAGACAGUACAUAUCACUAACUUGAUUCUUUGAAGUGUCACCAAAAUGUAGGUAAACUGUACCCAAAAGUUCUGCUUCAUUUUCCGUGGAAAAGACGUAGUAUACAAUGUAGACUAAACCAGGUGGCAGUUUUGGGGUGGAUUCAUUUAAAUAAUACUGAGAUAACAAAGCCCUUGGGAAAAUUCUACAUCAUUGGGAUGUGGUGGUGCUCAGUCACUCAGUCGUGUCUGACUCCUUGCAACCCCAUGGACUGUAGGCCGCCAGGCUUCUCUGUCCAUGGACUUUUCCAGAAAAGGAUACUGAAGUGGGUUGCCAUUUCCUACUCCAGGGGAUCUUCCUGUCCAGGCAAUUUCUAAAUAAGAUUGAAUAUUAAGGUUAUUAUAGAGAUCAACAGUUAAAAUAUGACUGGUGACAUAACACAGAUUCUAUUGAUACUUAGAAAGUUAAGAAUUUAAGGAUAUUGAUUCUGUGCAGAUCCGAUUUGCUCUUUUGAUCCUAUUUGGCAGCAAAAAUGUAAUGAGAAUGUGCUGUGGGUGAGUUGCACUAAAUACGCACUGUAUGUGCAAUCCUGAAUAUAUUUCCUCUUUUGAGCUGUUGUUAUUAUUUAAUAACUACCUGAAAAGGAAUGCAUUUUUACCUAUACAUUUCAUCAAAAUAUAAAAGGCCUAACAAAAAACACACAUAAAAAUUAAUAAAAUAGAUAAUACUCAAAUUAGUGCUUUAAUCGUUUAUUGUUAAAAUCAGUAAUUAAUGAACUCCAUCGAACUCAUGUGUCUUGGCUCCAUUGAAGAUGUCUUCUGGAAAUUUUGCAUUUUGUAAUUCCUGGGCUAGGUUUGUGCAAGAGAUUUGUACAGUGGUUAGUUGUACAUUUGGGGCUUCUGAAAGGCAAGCAAAUGGAUAGAGUAUAAUUAGAUCACGGCUUCUUAACUGGGGUGAUUCUCCUCCCCUAACUGGUGACAUUUGCCAGUGUCAGAGAAGGCGAUGGCACCCCACUCCAGUACUCUUGCCUGGAAAAUCCCAUGGAUGGAGGAGCCUGGUAGGCUGCAGUCCAUGGGGUCGUGAAGAGUCGGACACGACUGA